AAGCGGCGAUAAUCGAUCGGUCGUCGUCGAUUAUUAAUCGCAAGUUCGUACGUUCUCCGCAUAGUAGGUGAACAGGUUAGACGAACGAAAUGGUCAAGAAUGCGAUCAAAGUGUACGCGAGAUUGAAACCGGAAAAGAACCGGAAGGCCGUCGUGAACUACGCCGUCCAUCAUCGUCCGAAAGAGGAUCUCGAGGAGGAUUUCUUGAUCCUCGUUUCGCCGGCGCAAAAAACGCGGGACGGCCCCGACAACCGUCCGGAGUCGUGGAAUUACUCUUUCUUCCGAGUGUUCGAGGAAUCCGCGACGCAAGCGGACAUCUUCGAGAGCGUGGCGAGGCCGGUUAUGGAAAGCGCUCUCGAAGGCUACAACGGGACCAUUUUCGCUUACGGCCAGACGGCGAGCGGAAAGACGCACACGAUCGUCGGUAGUCAAGUAAACAGCGACAGCCGCGGCAUCAUACCCAGAUGCCUGCAAUACGUGUUCGACGCCAUUCAAAAGCGGCCGGAGAACCUGUACACGGUCGAAGUGGCUUUUCUGGAGAUUUACAACGAGAACGGCUACGACCUGCUCGAUAGACGGCAACGAGAGUAUGCGGUUACAAGAUUGGAAGAUUUACCCCGUGUCUCGAUACAGGAAGACGAAAGCGGGCAGCUGCAUUUGAAGAACCUCAGUUUCCACGGCGUCGAGUCUUUCGAGAAUGCUUUCCAGUUGCUUUUGGUGGGUGAGAACAAUCGGGUCACUUCAGAAACCCCGAUGAACCCCCAGUCAUCAAGAUCACACUGCAUCUUUACCAUCGUGGUCUCUAUGAAGGAGUUCGGCGCUGAUCACUAUAAACGGGCGAAAGUGCACUUGGUAGACCUAGCUGGGUCUGAACGGGUCUACAAAUGCUCGAUAAGCGGCACCAUACUGACCGAGGCGAAGCACAUUAACCUGAGCCUACAUUACUUGGAGCAAGUCAUAGUAUGUCUGGGUCAGGAGAGUGUCGGUCACAUUCCGUACAGAAAUUCGUAUUUGACGUCGAUUUUGAGGGACAGCUUGGGCGGAAACUGUAUGACCGCCAUGUUGGCAAAUUUGAGUACCGUAUCAUCGAACAUAGAGGAGACAAUUUCUGCGUGCAGGUUUGCCCAAAGAGUGGCCAUGAUAAAUAACGAUGUGAAAUUAGUCUUGCAUACGAGCGUUCGAAGCGAGAACGCGUUGCUGAAAUUGGAGAACGAGAGGCUCAAGAAACAGAUUGAAGCGAUGACAAAAGGGAUUUCAUCCGAGGAACUAACCGCCGAAGAUAAAUGGAAGUUGGAUGCUCAGAUUAGAAACUUCAUAGAAUUCAACGCUAAGAUCUCUUGGAAUUACAGUUUGCAGAGUGUCGAAUACUGUUUCGAAAGUUUCAGAAGAAUUUUGGAGCUGAGCAAGGACCCAAAGAGUUGUUCGAUGAAAUUGGAAUACUACAAAGACUUGGUUUUUCAAAGGGACAAGGAAAUUUCUCUGUUAAUCGAUCUGCUGAAUAAGGGAAAGGAGAAAAGGCAGUUCAGCGUGAAGGAAGGCUCUCUCAAAGAAUCAAAACUCCCCGGCGAUAAACACCUGAUUUUACCCGAUGAAGCAGGAUCUCUAACUAACAAUCCCGAUGAACUUACGUCGAACGUAGAAACGAGUGAUUAUGAUGGACGAUCAGGUAUGCAAUUAGUGGAUCACGCGAAUAAUGGAAAUCGACCGACAACUGUUUCAGAAAGUCGAACAACGUGCACGGAAGAUAACAAAACGAAUGCUGCUGAUUCAUCGUCCGCAAUGACUAGCGUUCUCGAUGAUAAAAUAUCAAUUAACAGCGUUCGUUCGAGAAACCACAAAAAGAAAUUCAAGGAUUACACGCCUGUUCUGACGUGCGAUUUUAACGAUAAUUCACGGAACACUGUUGUCAAUGAAAGUAAAAACAAUUGCAACAAGAACGGUGUUAACGACCGCCCUAACUUUCUCGCGAACAACAUAGCGAACGUUCGAAACCGGAAAAAAUCGCUCGAGCUAAUUUCAGCGAAUAAACAUGUUUCCGUGAACAAUAUACAGCCGGAGUUGUUGAGCUGCAACAUCGUCAAUGUAACUCUGGGCGAUUCGACGGUGAACAAGAAUCCAGAAGAACAGCGACAAGUAGCUCGUAAGGCUGAAAAGAAACAAGCGAGGAACGGCGAAAUUAAAAACUCGACGAUUAAAAAUGCCGAGACCACGCUGCUGUCGGAAAGUACAGUUAAUCAAGAAAGUGACGGAAAGGCUCGCGGUAAAAAUGUCAAUGAUUCUGUCGUCAGCGACGACGACCCGAUUCUAUUUUACGAGAAAAUGUUGCGCUUCAAUGGGCCCCAAAGUGAAACUAAAUCGCCUCUGACUUCGGAUUUGUCUACGAUCGAAUCUCAAUAUUCGAAUAACAUCAUGCAGAGCCUCGACGCGAAAUUGAGAUCGCGAACUCAAAAUUAUGACUUGAAAUUGAGGCAUAAAUUUCUCACUAACUGCGAUUUGCUUCGCGAGCAUCGACCGACUGCGUCGACUCAGGAUUUUAACUUUGACAACAAAUUCGAGAACGACGAUGGGAAUCGUUCGGUUUCCGUGAGCUCUUCCCGCGGCAGUUUUCAAAAUGAUCGAUUCGUUGACAAUGCGAGUUCGCAGAGGUUCGUGGAACCGCUCGUGGCAACCAAUGUUCGCGACGAAGAGAAAGACGAGAUCGCGCGGUACGGUAGAAGCAGCGUUUAUUUUUCUAACCGUGAAAUUGAGAGUAACGCGAGCAAAAGAAGCGGUGGUAGAAAGUCGAGUGUCGGCAGCUUCACGGCUGACCGGCAAGAAAAAUCGAGUGCCAGCGCAAGAAGUAAAACUAACGAUGAUUUCCAUCAGAAGUUGGAUCGUGGUCGAGGUAACGGCAGUUUUGAAGACUCACUUCCUCUGACAGGUGAUCCGGAAAUCGACGAGGAGAUCAUUGCUUUUUACGAGGCCAAGCGGCUGGGCGGCGUUUAUUAACAAACUCUUUUUCUACGAACCGCAACAGUGAUUACAAUCGCGCAGUAUCAGCGCAUAACUUAGUACUUUCGGUACCAAUAGUAAGUUCACGUUUGCGAACCAAUUUAUACAAAACUCUUAUAAGAAAACUUAUACAAUUAUAAGCAUAGAUAAUCGAUA